CCAUUCCACAACGCAUGACGUACGGUACCGCGUACGGAACAAGCGAGAAAGGAACAGUCCGAAAAUGAAAAGCGUGUCGAGCAUCUCGCUGCAGUAGCGCUCCGGUAGGACACGGACAUCCCUGCGUAUAUGUGUGUAGUUGUUUCUCUGUGUGUGCGUUUGUGUGGUUGCAAAAUUGAGAAGAAGCAGCAGCAGCAGCAGUCUCAGCCUCAAUGCAGCGCGUGUGCAGCACCUCUCUGUUCCGCCCAUAGUGCGGCCGUGAAUUCACUACGUUGCAGCAGCAUGAAGCAGCCGUGUGAGGAGUCUGCGUGAAGGAAGAUUGAUUCCGUCAGUGCGUGAAGGAUAGUACCGUACCCCACGACGGUGGGUGGGCGGUAGUGGUGGAGGAGGAAACAAGGGUUUGUCCAACCCCCCCCUCCCUCCCUCUCUCUCCCCCCUCGUUGUUUGCUACAACCGCAACAGGGGGGCAACCGGCGGCAGCAACAACAACAACAACCGAAAACCGCCAGAAAGAAAGAAAAAAAAAACGCAAAAGGAAGCACGCUGCAAGGGAGGAGGGCCAACCCCGAAAGGACCGAGCACCGGAGCCCCCUAAACAAGAUGAAAAUACAGCACCAGCGGGUACGGUUUACGAGCAGCGUAUUGUACGAUCACAACUUUCACGACAUUCAACACCAGCAGCAGACGCGCAAGCAGACGGACGCGAGCUGCCACGACGGAGACCGCUACGAGCAGCAGCAGGAACAGCGCCACCGUUGUUGUCGUCGUCGUCGUCGCUGCAGCGCGUUGCAGCAGCGGCAGCAGCUGCCGGUUGCGAACCGCCGUCGCCCGGGUCCGUUCACCACCACCGCGUCCGGUGCACCGGCGAGCGGCCAUCAUUAAACGCGCUCGCGAGACGCAACACAGCUGGUGCUGUGGCUGACGGAAGGGGGAAGCGUCUUUUCUUCCUGUGUGUGUGUGUGUGUUUUUUUUCUCAGUCUCUCUAUCUCUCUCUCUGUGGUCGGUGUGUGAACCCGCCGGAUCCUGUCCCCUUAAAUUCCCUGCCCACGCACACGUGUGGUGGUGUGACGCUUAGUGCGAAUUGAAGGCGAGAAAAAUGACUCUGCCCGAAACAGUUUUGUUGUGCGCGGUACGAGAGCAGCAUCAGUGUAGCGACCGUGCAGGCAUCUGAUAUCUGUGAAAAAGAAGAAGAAGAAGAAGAAGAAGCAAAUCGAAGGGAAACCCCUAAUCCUUGUUUUUUUUUUGUGUUAAAAGUGAACUGUUGUGUGCCGCUCUGUGCCGCGUGUGUCCUGUUGGCGGCAUCAACAACGUGUGCUCCCGGGGGAAGCCUCAAGAAGCAGCAAAAGAAGCAGCAGGUGUGUGUGUGCGCGCGCGCAAGAGUGUGUAUGUGUUUUGCGUGCAUUUGCACCAGGUGGCAGUGUCGUAUCGCCGGCAGGCUGAGCGGCUGACGCGUGCCGCGUCUCUUUGGCGUCGCGUGCGUCAUCGCCGUGUGCGCGCGUGCUGUCGGUGGUGUGCCGCGUCCCCGCCACCAGGUGUGCGCUUCUUGUUGCAUCAAUUCAACCUCUCCCAAUCAAACAGCAGCAGCAGCCGCCGUCAGCAGAGACCUCCCUUCUGUGUGUGUUUUGUGCUUCUUGUGCCUUACCUUUAACACUGUGUGGCCUUUUCCGUCGAGCAGGAGGAGGAGGAGGAGGAGGUGCCUUUAAAACCCCUCUCCACACACUGCAGCAGAGGUUCCAAACAUCUGCGCUCGAUCGUGUGUGUGUGUGUGUGUGUGUGCUUUCGACACAAGAAAAAAGGAAGAGAAGAGAAGCAAAAAAAAAAAAACAGUGAGUGAAAACAGACACCCGUAAACCCCGAAACCGCCGGCCGCUCUAAUCCCCGCACUCUGUCGCAGGGAGGAGAGGACCCGAAGGCGUUUGUUCUCUACUCGAUCAACCUGAAAAAGAAAAGCAAAAAAAAAAGUUCUACUCCAAUAACUCAAUCGACCGAGGGAGCAGCAGCAAAAAAACACGGUGGCACGCUUGCCUCCUGCCACAUCAAUCAACAGGUGCAGCGUGUGUGUGUGGUGCUUCCUUGCGCACUUACGGCAGGAGGAUCUAAUAUUGCGAGACGUUAGACAUUCCGAACCAGCAACAGUCGUCGUCUUUUACACGUUCGAGCGAGAUACGUUCCAGCCGUGUUGGCGGCAGCGUGUGCAGCGACACCACUCUCCUCGUCGGCCGACCACAUUCGUUGAAAAUCUUCUAAACUCUACAGUACGCAAAGCAAAAGGUGUAAAGAAAAGCAAAGAGCGCGGCAGUGAAGGACGAAACAGAAGGAGCAGCAGGACAAGGAGCGAGAGAAAGCAGGGGCGCCUAAACCAACCGUCCCAACCCCCCCCCCCCCCCACCCUGCGUGCAUGAUAUACCGGCGGCAGCAACACACUUGGGAGCAAUGAAAUCAAGUGCAGUAAAAUUUUGUGCUAUACUAUUAAUUAUGCUGUCAUCAGUUGUGGUUCACACAGACUGCUGUUCUAGCAGAUCGAUGCCAAAAUCAAGACCUCGGCCAGUGUCACACUUUCGCGGUGUGAUGACGUCCGCCACCACCACCUUCACGGUGAUCCGGCCGGAUGCGACCUCCUCGUCGAACAACCGGGAACCGCCGGACACGGCGUCGACGGGGAUGGACUCGCGUCUUACCGGCAGCGGUGGCGGACCGGGCACUGGCGGCCUCGGCCGUGGUAUCAGCACAAACGGCGGUAAAGCGAACGACCACCAGCAGCAGCAGCAGCAGCAGCAGCGAAACGGCGACGGCACGGUGAUAGAACCGCCGACCGGCCGCCGGGACGACCCGAGCGGGCGGGGCAACGAGAAGGACCAGCUGCUGAUGCGCAUGGGCAAAUGUUCGCAGCUGUUCGAGGAGAACUACUGCCUGAACGGUGGCAAAUGCUACAACUUCACGAUCGCCAACUCGACCAUGCCGACGUGCGAGUGCGCGGACGGCUUCAUGGGUGAACGAUGUGAGUCAAAGUACCUGGAUGGGACCUACCUGAGCAUGCGCAAGCCGAAGAUACACAUCGAAACGGCGAGCAUGUAUUACGGGGCAUUUCUUGCCAUGAUGGUAGUGCUGGCUGUGUUCUACUAUCUGCACUGGCUCAACCAUUGCCGCUAGCGCACGCCGACCGUGCUGGAGGUGGCCGGGCGGGGUCCCCCCUCCCGGUCCCCGAUGCGGCGGAGCGCGCGCACGCACGCCCUCCCUGACGGCGGAGCGCGUGCCGGCCAAUGGUACCUACGGAGCCUAACCUCGUAAUUGGUAUGUCCCAUCCUACCCCGAAAAUACGAUAAAACGCGGAUUGCGAUCAGAGAGCUAGAUCGUGUGUGUGUGCGUGUGUGCGUGUGUGUGUGCGGAGGCGUGGGCGUUUGAAACCCGUCCACGGAACGGAUUUUCCUUCAACCACCAACACACACACACACACACAACCACACACGGUCGAAACACAGCGUGGCAGUUACAUACAUUUGCACGGAUUGAUAAUCCGACGACAAAACAAAGCAAAAAACAAACAAGAAGAAGAAGAAAAAAUGCAACACUUAAGUCGACUUUAUGGAGAUGGAGCAGGCGACGAACCCCUAAAUCCCUUCCAACCUCGAAACUUACUUUGCUUUGCUUGGCAAGGGGCUUUACCCUACACCACUUUUCGCCACCCGCGCCCCCCGCUUCAUUGUGUGGCUGCACGUGCGUACCAGGAAUGGGUUCGAAUUGAGCGACGGAAGCUGUGCAAAUCAAAUGGAAAUGGAGCGGAGAAUGCAGAAAAGCGUGCGUGAAAGAGAGAGAGAAAGAGAGCGACAGCGAUAAGGAUGUUCCCAACUCUUCCGGCAGGCGUGUGCUGCUGGGUGGCGGGCGUGAUUGGCGAGAAAUGUACGGUGUGGCGCAGCAUCGUGGCGCGUGAACGCCUCGAACGGGAUCUGAUUUAGAAUUAACGCUAAUAUAUACAUAUAUACAUAUAUAUAUAUAUAUAUACAUAUACAACACUUUUAAGCUAAGGUUAGUGUAAAUACGCCGUCGCACCCCUCCCCUCUCCGCCGACACCCUUCCCUGUGGAGGGAGGGUGAUUUGGGAAGGGGGCCUCCGCAACACGGGCGACAACGCGAAACAAUUGUGUAACAUAUUCGAAUGAGAAUUUAGCUAUUGUAUAAGUAGGCAAGAACUGUGCGUGUGUGUGUGUGUGCAGCAGGCAACACGUGACGAACAUCCCAUUUGUUCAUUUACAUAUACACACACACACACACACACAUACUUUAUGACGAAUCUGUAAUACGAACCCAUAAGCAACGCAAAAUUACACGAAAACUCGGAACGAAAGUGAGCAAAAAGCAAAAGCAACAACAGCGUUCCUGCCAAAAACCAAACCCGAAGGUAGGGGGGGGGGGGGGAUGAAAACCCGCUCGAGGCAGGAAACAAAAAAUACAGAAUGAUUCUACAUCCAACAUCCAACAUACAAACACUCUCAUCGAUCACACACCUAACACAACAUUUUCGAGCAGUAUUUAUUCGCGUGCAUAGAGAGAUUGAGAGAGAGAGAGAGAGAGAGAGAGAGAGAGAGAGAGAGAGAGAGAGAGAGAGAGAGAGAGAGAGAGAGAGAGAGAGAGAGAGAGAGAGAGAGAGAGAGAGAGAGGGAGAGAAAGAGACACAGGAAGAAGUUAAAAAAAGUAACAAGACUAAAUAUUGGCUGUGUUUAUAGGAGCGGGUGGGGGAUGGGCGCCUCGAGCUCGUUUUUCUCUCUUGCUCGGUGUGCGUGGCUUGGCCCGGAGUUUUCCUUCUGCAUCUCGCUGCCGUUUUAAGUGUGCCCAAGUUUUAGCCUAGCUGGCAGACACUACACGAGUUGCCUUUUUUUUUUGAAGCAAUUUCUGCUCUUCUCUCACUUUGGUCUGGCUCUGGUCUGUGGCCCGUUUUUUCUUUUUGGCAUGGAAUUUUUGAAGCAAAUUUAUUAAACAAUGCAACUCUCCUCCUAAAGCUGCAAGGUGGCAAGCCACGUUCUCCCAUUCCCCACCCCUUUUGUCUUAUCAUUCAUCACAUACACACACUCACACACACUCAUACACACACACACUCACACACACACACACGCAAGCUUGCCGGCUAUCGAAACCGAGUGCCUCUAACGAAAUAAAUACAGCAGUGCCUCUACUAAAACCGAAAAAAAAAAUACGGAUACAUUCUGCAACGCAAUGAUUAGCAAACACUGCACAGUUUUUGCUCUCUUUUUGUUUGUUUGGUUUUGUGUUUUUCGAUAACAACAGCGCUUAGGACAAACACACAACACGUAGGAAUGCUGUGGAAUGCAUUGAAACAUUGAUGCUAGCUAGAAUGAUGCGAACACGCUGCAAAAACAAACAAAACACAGGGAAAACCCAGGUGCUAAUUCCAAUGUUUUCGAGCGCCCUUCCAAGCGGUCUUUCGUUCUCUUCUAGCUUGCUUUUUAUUAAAAAAAAAAAAAAUAAAAAAUAAAAUAAUAAUUAUCCAAUUAGAUUCCAAUUAAAAGAAACGAACGUGGCAGUGUAUUAGGCUGUCGAGCCGUUCGCUUCCACCCUCUCGUCCCGUAAGCGAAGGAAACAGUCUGUUGCUAGACGUAAAAAAAAACACACACACACACACACACACCGUGGAAAAAGUGGAGAGGAUCGUGAGUAAGUGUGUUGUGCACUUGCAAAUAAGGCUGGUUUUGUUUUCGUGCGUGCCUCCCGAGGAAGCGCCCCUCCUGGCUUCCCUGAUUAGAGUACGUUUUAGUACUUGCGCCACACGGUGUGCUGCUCUCUAAGCUCUGGGGGAGGUAACUCCAAUUUGCUCUCUCUCUCUCUCUCUCUCUCUCGCUGGCUGCAGCAAAGCGUCCGGCAAACGUUUUUUUGUUUUUGUUUUAAGCAAGGCCUUAUUAAAAAAAACGACAAUGCAACCGCCUGUGCUGUGCCUUAUCUUGCAGAAGGAGAAGCACCUUAAUUCGAACACACACACACACACACACACUACUCAUAGACACAAAACCAUUCCAGCGCAGCAUUGCAUGAUAAUGACAAUCGACAGGCGUGUGACAGACGGGAUUGGAAGCAGGCGGGGCCCACACUUUGGAAGUGGAGGGCCGAACAUAGGACGGAACGAGGCGGCGUCCUUUGGAAGAAAAGACAUUGCGCUUUUACUAGCUAAGAGGGCAAACGGGAAUUUCGCAAAUGAAUUGCCGCACACGAAAGCAAACGGAAAAGCAAAUGGCAUAAUCACACAUGGAUAGCGACCGAAAGCGGCCGCUAAGGGAGGAGAUGUAUGAUACAAGCAUCAGUAUUAUUAAAAAAAAAACACACAAUAUACAAUCGUAACGAAAUGUAGCCGGGCGGGCGUAAACUAUAACGAAAUACUAUACACUUACAUAUAUAUAAAGAAAAAUGAACGGGAACGGUAGAGCUAGGUGUGGGCGCAACCGUCUAGGAAAAGGGGGUGUGGGCGUUAUUACCACACCCGAACAACUCUCCCGCCUUACCCCAACAUACACAUCAUUACCCACACAAACAAACACACACACACAUACACCCACACUGCAACAGGGAAACGGCUCCAUGUUUUCCAUUAAUUACGUAUCUUAUAAGAAUCGCACCAAACACCACGACCUCGAUGGGCGAAAAGACUGGAGUAGUGGUACUCUUGUACUCUUUCUUUCUUUCUUUUUUUUUUGUGCGUGUGUAUCUAAUCCAUUAGAGAGUAGAAGAAGAAGAAGGCGAAGAGGAAGGAAAAAAACACGCAAAUGUUAAGAAAUUGCCUGCAAAAAAAAAAAGACAAACAAAAGACAAAACAAAAACCCCGCAAAAGCAAUACAGGAGGACAGUUUUGUUGUUGUUGUUGUUACUGUCCCUGCUACUACUGAAACAUGAUAGAGAAGAGAACAAAAAAAAAAGAAGCAAUCAUACCAUACCAACGGUACGUAUACACACACAAACUCAUACACAUACCCUACUCGGAAGAAAGCGGCCUUUAAACAAAAAAUAAUGUACGUCAAAUGCCAUAAUGCGAUAAAAUUCCAUAUUUUUUUGGAUGACUCUUGAUUUGUUUUGUUGUUUUUUUUGUGUAUACUAUGUACUUCCAAGGCGCUCGUAUACAGGAAAAGAAAAAAAAAGACUACAUGCGCUAGUAGUAUAGAGGACAACGUAGAAGAGAAACAGAGAGAGAAAGAGAGAGGAUGUUAAGAGAAAUAGAGGAAAGUGGAGUUGACAUAAUAUAUAAUGGCAUUAUUAAUCUGUCCCGUAAUGAACUAUCUCUUAUACGAUCUAAAGCCUAUCUAAAGCGACAACCGUACCCGAGGAUGUUGAAUUGUUUUUCUUUUCUUUUUUCGAAUCGUUUUCUAUUAUAUAAAGAAAGGGGCAAAGCUUAUUCUCUCGGCGGUAUUAUGGCAGUGUAUGAUGGAAAGAUGCAAAGAGGGAGGGGGGGGGCGGUGUGUACAGCUGAGAGGAAACAAAAUGUGCAGCACAGGGACAGAAUUGUAAGCAAUGGCAGCACGCCGGACGUCCGGUAACGGUUAAUUAGUUGGUUUUUAACAUAUUUUUCCCGCUUUUUUGUCGGAAUUUAUUAAACAAAAAAAAAAGAAAGCGAGAAAAAAACACUUUCACACCCCAUCCUUCGGCGUUACAAAACAAGGGAGCAAAAAAAAAA